GUACCCCGCGGCCCCGGGGCACGGCGGGAGGCGGCCCGGAGGCGUCCGGCGGGGUAAAGGGGUGUGGGGGCGCCUUGGGGGCUCGCCCUCUCAGGCCUACGCGGGUCCCUAGGCGGCGGCUGAGCGGAGGCGGGACACGGCUCCCCGGGCGGCGGGGCUCCGCGCCGGUGCGGAGGCAACGGAGGUGGCGGGGAGCCUGACGACGCUCCCCGCCCGUCCUGGCCCCGGGGGCGGCGGCUUCUGUCCGUCAAGAGUUACGGGAAAGUGUUGCUCGUGCUCAGCCUGGUGACUUCCCGCUCUGUUGCAUCCCUCGGCAGUGGCGGGGAGGCAGAGGUCCCUGUGAAGCCAAGUGCCCGAUCUGCAGCGGCGCAUUUCCUGCCCAUAGUCACUUGAAAAGGAAAUGUUCAACUGUUUGAUUUGGAUGUUCAUCCUGUUCUGCAGCUCUAUAGCAGAUGAAAACUCUGUUAGAGAUGCUGACAUUUUUCCUUCAUCUCCUGAAAUUGAACGAGGAUCCACCUUGAAACUGUUCUGUGUUCUUGGAAAACGCUACAGACCUCACAGAAAUGCAAGCCACAUCAUCUGGAAACUGAAUCAUGAAUUAAUUGCUCAGGAAAACUAUUACAUUGUGAAUGAGACUGUAUCUAGUAUAACCAUCCAUAAUUUCACUUAUAGCAAAGCUCAUGUGAGAUGUUUCACUAAGUACUUGGGCAAAGAACAACUUUUGGUUCACACUGAAGUUAAAUCUGGCUUUCCACCGGACACACCAGGAAAUAUUUCCUGCAUUUAUUACUUUGAUACUGAACUUACCUGCACCUGGACUUCGGGAAGAGAAACAAAUCUCACUACAAACUAUACUCUUUACCGAAAAAUAAUGACAGAAGGAAGGGUGACUUUUCCAAAUACAGUGAGCUCCUGCCAAAGCAAAACGGAGUCAUGUUCCUUUUAUUAUCCAGAUACUCCGUAUAGUAGUUCUUUUUGUUUUCAGGUGAAAGCUGAAAAUGUUUUGGGUGAAGCCUUAUCAGACUGUGUUCCUAUUCCUUUGGAAAAAAUAGAGAAAUUUGAACCUCCUGAAAUACUUUCAGUUAAAAAAAUCACCGGUAUAAAACAGUUGCUGACAGUAACCUGGAAAAUGCCUGAGAAGGUUAUCCCUUCACAGGGUUCCAUUUGCCAGGUUCAAUACAGAAACUUGUAUUCAAACUCUUCGGAAUUUGUCACUGUCCUACUGGAUUCUGCAGAGAAAACAGGUUCAUGGAAUCUCACAGGUCUGUGGGACUCUACAGAAUAUUCAGUUGCCGUUCGGUGUAGCAGUGAUGUGUCAAUAUUUUGGAGUGAAUGGAGUAGAGGGAAAACAGCAAGCACAGAAGAGAAAGCUCCUUCAGAAAAAGUGGAUUUGUGGAGGGUAAUUGAGUCUUCACACUCAGCUGGAAAUAGAUCUGUACAUCUUAUAUGGAAGACAUUAAACAGCUUUCCACUUUCUGGGAGAAUUCUAGGCUACAAAAUACAGUAUUUUCCAGAAAACAAUGCUGCACUUAAAAUGACAAACACCACUACUGAUAAGAAAAUUACUUUACUUUUAAAUGAAGAGGCGUAUAUAGUAUCUAUUACUGCCUAUAACACUGCUGGAAAUUCUCCUGAGGCUAUUUUGAGGAUUCCAUCCACUGAUGAAAAAUCUUCUCAGAUUAUUGAAACAGUGAGGACCUUUACAACAAAUGAAGAAGUUGUUGUGGAAUGGAUAGCCUCUGAGCCAGAAGUAACUGAAUAUGUAGUUGAGUGGUAUGAGGAAUUGGAGACAGAUCCUUCUCGCAGGUCAUGGCAAUAUGUAUCAAGUUCUACAAACUGGAAAACUAACAAAAAGAACUUUAAACCAUUUAUAUGUUAUAACAUCUCGGUGUAUCCUCUCCAUGGAAAUAAAGUAGCAGCUCCAUAUUCCAUACAAACUUACGUUCAAGAAAAAAAGCCAUCAGAAGGACCUGUGGCUGACACAGGCAUUCCAGGAAAAAACGAAGUUACAAUAAAGUGGAAGGAGAUUUCAAAGGAUAAAAGAAAUGGAUUUAUCAGUAACUAUACAAUAUUUUAUAAACCUGAGGAUGGAGAAGAAUUGAAUGAAACUGUGAACUCUGAUGUUCUGCAAUACAGACUGAAGUCCUUAUUGGCUAAUACGCAAUAUACCGUGUAUAUAAUGGCAAGCAAUGAAGCUGGUGGAACCAGUGGAGAGCCAAAAACCUUCAAGACUUUGAAAUUCAAUAAAGAAGAUGUUAUUUUCAUUGCUCUACCCAUUGGAUUAGGCAUGUUGUUUCUGUUGGGCCUUUGGACAACAUGCAUUUUGAAAAAACAUGCGUUGAAAAAGGUUUGCUGGCCUGAUAUACCCAAUCCUGCAAAGAGCAUUGCAGUGGAAUGGCCUCUUGAUGCAUCUAUGAAAAAAUCAUUUUUGAAGGGAGUGACAUCUGAGGCUAAAAAGAUAGCCUUUGAAGACAUAAGUGUUUUGGAACAUUGUUUUCCUGAAGAAAGUCAGGAAGGAUCAGUACUUAUGAAUUGUGAAAAUCAUGUUUCUGAAUGUACUGAUAUGAAUACAAAAGGCAUGGUUAAUGGAGGUAAAAAGGUCCUGUAUAAUGAAGAAAAUGAAGUUGCUAAAUGUUUUUCACCAUCCAUUCCUUACAUAAUUACUGAUCAAGAUAUCAGAAGUCAAAUGCAUUCAGCUUUGAUACCAACGGAGGAAAUCCAAGCCAUAGAAAUGCUGGAAGAUGAUUUAUAUGACUCCCAACAGACUUCAAUUAAAAAUGAAGAAAAUGUUACUGAAGAAGCUUUAAAGCUGGAAGAUUUCAGUGAAAAGGCACUGUUCAAUCCAUACCUUAAAAAUUCUGUUAAAACAAGGGAAUUUCUUAUUUCUGAGAACAAGCCAAAACACAGUAAGAAUAAAACCAAAAGCCAGUCAACUGUCUUACCUCCUUUUCAACAAAAUGUCGCAGGACAAUCCUACGUAACAUUGGACAUGUUUGGACUGGCAACAGCUCAUUAGUGUGAGAAAACUUUCCUUUGUGCAGUCAUCUUGGAAGAUACAUCUUGGUGCUGCUGCUCAUAUGUAUUCGUGUGUUCUAACCUGGCAGAUCUCAAUUAAUUUGGAUGAAAACACCCCCUUCCUUUGAACAUCUGUGAAGUAAACUUUUGCACUGUGUAUAUACCUAUCAGGGUGGGGUGGGGUUUUUUUUGUUUGAUUUUUGUUAAUUUUGUUUUUUUUCUCAGAUAGAUGUGCCAGUAGUGAGGCAAAGGAAGUAGCUUUUCUUGUUUCUUCUUAGUUCUGCCAUGUAAGUCUUCUAAAACAAACUGAUCUUUACUGCAGGAGCAUCCAGCGGUGCAAGCAGCUCACCAAUUUCCCCCUGGGCAACCAGUUCCCAUGGCUGAGCUCUGCUGGGGAAACAUGGACUGGCUUGAACAGAGCCAGGAUCUGCCAAAUACUUCCUUAAGUUCAUGGAGUAGAACUGAUUUCCUGUUCUUACUUCCUUCAAUUGUCUUAUAUCUGAUUUUGUUCCUCCUGUUUUGCAAAUACUUCGUAGAUUUCAGUAAUUGUCUCCUUGCAUCCUGACUCUGGAAUCAGUGGUUUGGCUCAAAGUUUCUCUGUCUUUAAUGAGAGGAUGUGUUAUAUGUGUGCUAUUGACUUAUCUGCAUUUUGGAAAAGGUAGGGUUAUGCUGGCUUUGUUGCUUCCUUCCCUUUCUCUUGUGUUUUUAAUCAUCCCCUGCAUUUUGUGCUGCUUUUUUCUCUCCUGUUUGGUUGUUGCUUUUUAAAAGUCUGUUUACUACAGUAUAUCUUUUCAUCUUUUUGUUCCUUUGCCUCUAAUUUCUCCCAGUUUAAAACUGUUUCCCAGUUGAGGUUUUGAUAUUUGAACUAAAAAAAAAAAAAUCAACUAAAUACAGCAUCUUGUGUUGGAAUAAGUACUGAGUUUAUAUUUAGGAAAUUGUUUUUCUGGGAGGUAUUGAAAAAACACUAAGUCUACAAAAUAUCCCCGGAUAUCCUCUGGCAAUUAAUUUAGGUUUAGAGAUUUCUACAUAAAGGCUAUAACUUCAAGAUUUGUUUUAUGAUGUUGAUAAAUCAUAAAAUUACUUGUAGUUUCUACUUUAUACAGCAGCAGUUAAGCAGGAAACUCUCCAUCACACUUGUUUGUGGUUUUUUUUCCCCUUAGGAAAGAGGCUAUUACUGUAAAAUUCUUACCCAAAUGUUUACUCUGUUAAAUGACAGGUUAAAAAAAAGAGAUGGAGAGUCAACUCUAAGUAAAAUGUGUUAAAAGGGGAUGUUCAGUAUGACACAUGUGGGGUAUAGUAAUUUUAAGACUUUAAAACAUUUUCACAGUAUUUAAAGGCUUGACAUCAUUAGUCUUGUUCACACAUAACUACUUUAGGCAUGAAAAAGAUACAGGAGUCAUGGGGAUACAAAAAGGAGAGACAAAUAUGAAUAGGAGUAGAAAGCCUUUCCUUUCUCUGCAGGAAGAGGAGUGGGGGAAUGGAAAAUAUAUUGUCCAGCAUGAAUGAGGAGCCUGAGCCUUACCCUGGAUGUAUUGGCUAUUACUUGCAUUGUGUUGGGGAAGACAGGGUAAAGUUUGCGUUUAAGGUUUUCAUCUGUGGUUUGGAAGCUGCUUUUACUUAUAGCAAUGUUUGUUUAGUUUCCAAGAAAGGAUGAGAAAACAAUUUCUGCAAAUGUUCCUUGUACAGCAACACUGGCUUCCACCUGCCCCAAGUCUAUUGGAUCACUUUCCCAAUCACAGCACUAUAAGCCAAAAUGUAUGUAUGUAUGAUCUAAGCAAGCAAGGGCUUUUAAGAAAAGUUGUCCUCUGAAAUGAGCAUGGGACACAGCUUCAGUUGGGUCAAUGCUCCUUCUGCUUCACUUGCUUCCAGACUUCUUACAUAUACUUAUAUUAAUGUAUAUUAAUAUAAGUAAUGUAUAUAUACAUAUACAUAUAUAUACAUAUACAUUACUUAUAGCUACCUUGUAAUUUCUUAGGGUUCAGAAUUCACUGACUCAGGAACUGCAUUUUUUCUUCUUAAAUGUCAGUAUUUGUUUUAAUAUCACAAGAUCUAAAAAUAAACAGAUACAGGGGUAUUUUAGGACCACCUGUCUAGGCAUUGUUUAGCGGCCAUAUGAAAGCUGCAUACCCUGAGUUGCAUGAUUGAGGCAGAUAAAAAAAAAUAAUGCAACCUUUAAGGGUUCAUUAGAAAAGGGAGGUUCUUGCUGGGUCAUUUGGGUAGGGUGUCCCUGUAACAUCUCUUAGCUUCUGGAGGGUAAGUAAUAAUCUGCUUUUCCAUCCCAUUUUAUUUCCUUCUCUAUAGCUAUUCUGCUUUUCUUCCCUCUUCCCAUUCCCUUGUCCAUUAUCUUCUCUGAAAAAGAGGAAGGCAGUAAAUGGGCUCAGUACAUCUUUGAAAUUAGGGCUGCCUUUUGCCCGUGCUUUGGAAUGCCAGCUUCUCUUGGACUUGGGGUUUGUUCUGCAUUGAGUUGUACUCUUUCUGUCCUUUUACAAUUUGUCUUUCAAACAAAUGCUGUGAACCAUGAGAAAAAUAAAACUGAGAGCACAAAGAAGAGUUUUUAUAAAUUUAUACUAAAUACACCAUUUAGACAUUUUAGAUUUUCAUAUUUGGUUUUAAACUAAAGGAGGGUAGAUUUAGGCUGGAUAUAAGGAAAAAAAUUUUUACAAUGAGGGUGGUAAAACCCUGGCCCAGGUUGCCCAGAGCGGUGGUAGAUGCCCCAUCCCUGGAAACAUUCAAGGUCAGGCUGGACGGGGCUCUGAGCAACCUGAUCUAGUUGAAGAUGUCCCUGCUCACUGCAGGGGGGUUGGACUAGAUGACCUCUAAAGGUCCCUUCCAGCCCAAACGAUUCCGUGGUUCUAGGAUUCUCUGAUUCUAUGAAGUUUUUUAUGUAACAAGUAAUGCAAUCCUAAAUCUCAGUGGUCACACAAAACAGUGUUUUUAAUAACAAAUUUCAUGGUCCUUAGGAUUAUAAGAGAUAAUUUGUGAAUAUUUAUUCAAUAGCUUCAUGUUUUACUAGAAGCUAUUCUGAAAUAUUCAGGUAAGAUACUCUGCCAAAGGUUACUCUGAAAUAACACAUAGAGCUUAUAUACCAUAAAACUUAAGACUAGAAUUUAAGGGGGAGGGGUAUAACAUCAGGCUUGCCAGUGACAAGCUGCGGGAUGACAUGCCAAGGUUAGAGGGACAAGGUGCUAGUGAGGAUCCUCAGCCUGUUGCUGUGAGACAUGCUGGGUACACUGGAGCACACAAAGUCUUACAGAGAAAAGCCAGGUGCUCCUGAGGUAAUAGGAGCCAACAGGGAAAUGCCAGUGAAAUACCUCAAAGGAAUUAAGGGAAGUUCCUCUGAGAUGUCAUGGACAUCUCAGAGGCCCAUCUGAAGUGCCUCUGCACCAAUGCACUCAGCAUGAGGCAAUGAACAGGAGGAGUCAGAAGCCACCGUGCUGCCAGAAAGCUAGGACCUAUUUGCCAUUACUGAAACUUGGUGGGACAAAUCCCAUGACUACAGCACGACUAUGAACAUGAAGAGUGACAAUCCCGAAGUUGGAACAGAUGUUUGACUAACAUGUUCUUCUGUGAAAUGAGAUUUUUAAAAAAAUAGAAUAUAAAAAUGUGAACAGAAACAGAUGGGUAUAUGUAUGGUGUAGAUUUGUUCUCCUAACUCUGUUUAAAACAGUAUACUUGAAGAGUAAACACAGAGUGAUUAUUUCAUGCU